GGUGCGUGCCUCUGCAUCUCACGGUUUCUUGCUCGGCCCGUGCCUCGAUGUCGUCUAUCAUGAACAGGCAUUGUCCUCCUAGAUUUCCAUUUCCGGCCUGCUGGAACACUUUGAGCUGCAUCGCCCGGCCUAAACCACGCCCAGGUAGUUGCGCUGUAUCCAUCAUCGUCACGACUCUGCUCGGGGUUCCUGUCAGAGCCAGGGACUGUCCCGAGACGGAAUGCGUAGGCCGAUCGCGCCGUUACAGAGGGCUGCAUGGAUGCAAAUAGCCCAUCGACAUGGAUGCUCACCAAUCCCCUGAGAGGCUGCCGCUGAUUGGCUGCAGCCGCC